AUGGAUGCCGUCGACGUCUCGGAGCACUACGAGGUCACCUCCGUCGACAGCCCCCCCUCGCUCCUCUCCAUCGUCAUCGACACCAACCCACGCGCCUGGGCCGCCCUCGAAUCCCGCCUCUCCCUCUCCCAGGCAAUCUCCAACAUCCUCGUCUUCGUCAACGCCCACCUCGCCUUCAGCAACACCAACCAGGUCGCCGUCAUAGCCGCACACGUCAACCGCGCCGUAUGGCUGUAUCCCGCUGCUGCUGCUGCCGCUCAGAAGCCACUGGCGGCAGCAAGGGACCACUCGGGGGACGUCCAGAUGCAGGAUGUGUCGGCUGAAACAAACAAUUCUUCUUCUUCGCCGUCGGCCAACAAGUACCCGCAGUUUGCGCAGAUCGAGUCCUCCGUCUUCUCGUCUAUCCAGAGCCUCAUGGCCGAGACUACGGUGCAAGACCUCGACCAAGUAACGACACAGCUCUCCGGAGCGCUAACCCUCGCCCUCUGCCGCAUCAACAAGGCCUCCCAAGCUCUCAGCGCGUCAGACACCACCCUCUCCAACGCUGCGCCCGUCAAUUCCGCCGCCCCUCCUCCCGUCAAAAGCCGAAUCGUCGUCAUCUCCGUCUCAGAUUCCGAACCGUCGCAAUAUAUCCCCACCAUGAAUGCCGUCUUUGCGGCCGCUCACAAUCAAGUCGCCAUUGACACCAUUGCUCUAGCCGGCGACUCAACCUUUCUCCAACAAGCAUGUUUCAACACCAACGGCAUCUUCCUCAAGGCGUCCAACCCUCAAGGCCUGCUGACCUACCUAAUGUUUGGUCUCAUCCCCGAUACAGAAGCUCGCGAGUCCAUCAUUACGCCUGCCCAUGACACUGUCGAUUUUCGAACGGCCUGCUUUUGCCACGGCAGGGUCGUCGAUACCGGAUUUGUCUGCUCCGUCUGUCUGAGUAUAUUCUGCGAACCUCCAGAAAACGCUGAAUGUCUCACGUGCGGUACUGUGCUGGCACUUGGUAACUACGGUGCUAAACCCGCUGUUGUACCUCGAAGGAAGAAGAAGAAGAAGAAGAUUGCCAACGGUAGCGGACGUGAGGAGACGGGGAGUGCUACAGGGACGCCAAAGCCUUGAUUUAAUUACCGUUUUUGAAGAUAAUAGAGCCAUAGCAGAGGUCAUGAUACAUAUUUCACACGGGCUUAUUGAAAAGGCUUUUUGACGCCUUGCCUGGAAGUCCAAGUCACAAGUUAACAAGGAGAGCAAAACAUUCUAAUCAAUUUAUGUACCGAUACCCAAGGUAGUAUAGAGGUGGA